AUGCAUAUUUGUAAGCCAGUUCUCACAUCUCUAGCUUCUCGUACUUCUAUUCCUCUUAUGGAUGGUGAGUUACUUUUAGAUCCUAGAGAAUAUAGGAGCAUGGUGGGUGCUUUUCAAUAUGUGACCUUAACUCGUAUUGAUAUUGCAUGUGCUGUGAGUGUUGUUUCUCAGUUUAUGCAUGCAUCUCGUACUACUCAUUUGCAUUAUCUGAAGCAUAUUUUUAGGUACUUACAUGGUACUAUUGCGCAUGGACUAUUCUUGUGUGCUUCUUCAUCCAACUCAUUAGUGAGUGCUUAUUCGGAUGCUGACUGGGCUGGAUGCCCCGAUAGUAUACGUUCUACUACUGGGUUUGUCAUUUUGUUGGGUUCCAAUAUUAUCUCUUGGCGUGCGAAGAAACAACCGACAAUCUCAAGAUCGUCUACAGAGGCCGAGUAUAUGGCUGAAUAA